UCAAGGCUUUGUGAGAGGUGUAUGUUGCUCUCCCUCUCUCCCUCCUCUCCCUCAUACUGGAUUCUGGCAGCUCGUGGGAUGUUAGCUGGGAGAUGAGUGCAUGAGGAGGGCAAAAAGGAGCUAAGCCAUUGUGUGUGGGUGGAGUGGAGUGCUCUGUGGAAAGGAAAGAAGGGAUAAUAUAUGGAGUUUUGAGUUUGUCCAAUGUAGAUUUUGUGUGUGGCUUCAUUUCAACGUUACUCCGGUGUUCUGCUGUUUUAUUUGAGGUGUGUCAGAGAGAGAGAGAGAGAGAGAGAGAGACGUAUAGAAUGGGAGCGACGGAACACCAUGCCGCCACACACCUGUCCAGUGACCACACCUAAUACGACCAUGGCGGCACAAGAUCAUCACUUCCAUCAGCGGCAGCAGCAGGGUGGCGGGGAGUAGGAGGCGCAGCAGAAGGAGCAGGUGGAGGAUUUAGAAGUAGUUGCCGAAGUAGUAGCAGUUACAGUGGGCGAAGGAGACCGCCACGCCCCCACUCAGUCUCCUGGCCCCCCCGCCCCUCCGAGCCGCCCCCGCCCCCGCCGCCAGGAGCCAUGCCCGCCAGCAGCCGCGAGAAGAGUCCGCGAGUCAGCAAGCUCUUCGGGAGGACUUCGAGUGAGUCCCGCUUGCCCAAGACUCAGCAGGAGGACGCGGCUCCCUUGGCGGCGGGGGUGGAGGACCCGGCGGACGAUGUCUCUGCUGCCACGACCACCACCACCACUACUGCUUCCACCACGACCACCACCACUCCCACCACCUCGACCUCCUCUGCCGCGGCGGAUGCCACUGUCGUAGCCUCGUCUCCGCCCUCGUCGUCCUCCUCCGGCAAGGCCAAGAAGAGUAAGAAGGGCUUCCUGCCGCUACUGCGAGGCCACCGACCGUCCAAGAAGGAGGGGAAGGAGAAGGAGAAGGAGAAGGAAAAAGGAAAGGAGAAAGAUAAAGAGGACAAGAAGGAGAAGGGGAAGAAGGACAAAGGUGAUGCUGGGCUAAAAGUUGACACAACACAGGUCAGUGAGGGAGAGAGCCUCCUGCCGCCCCCCCAGCAGAGCCACCCCAAGACUGACCCUCCGUCCUCCGCCCCAGAGGCAGGGGUUGAGGGAGCCCCGCCCCCCGCCGCCCCCAUUGAUAGUGAUCCUCUGAAGGAUGAAAAGACUCCCGGGGGUGAUGAGGGCGGGAAGGGGGGCGGCGCCGCUCGUCCCUCGCAGCCGACCUUCAAGUCGCCGCUGCACAAGCUUCAGACGCUGCAGCGCUCCUUCCUGCACAACAGAUUCGGCUCAGCGGUGCACGAUGCCGCCACCUCGCCGCCCCCCCACCGCGGCUCCGCCACGCUGCGCCCCGGCACCCAGCUGCACCCCGUGGCCGCCCAGCGUUACCACACCCUGGGCCCCUCCUCGCGCCCCCCGCAGGAGGGCGAGGAAGGGGCGCGGGGGUCAAGUGAAGGGCGCACCGCCACCCUGGACGCCGUCAGGGCGAGGUUUUACAAUCAUGUCAGCAAUCUGACAUACGAGGGCAUGGACUUCCCCGGGGAGGAGCCUGCCCCGCCCCUCAGCGACCCCGCCCUCGCCGCUCGGGGCUGUGCCGCCGCAGCCACCAAGGAGAAGCGGGCGUCGCGCGGGGCUGCAGCGGAGGGCAAGUGCGCGGCGAAGCUUGACGUGAAGAAGCUCCUCCUUCAGAGCCUUCUUCAGGAGGAAAUUGUAGGGGACGCCGCCGCUGCCGCGGGGGCUGACUCGUCCAUCACCAUCGACGGCAGCCAGACGGUGAAAGCGAAGCUAAACAUCACAGUGGUGAAGACCCCCGAGGCGACCCGCCGGGGCCGCGGCGGCUCCCUCAGGGGCAAGGGCUCCCAGCGACGGCGACGGGCGGUGCUGGGGAGCGCUGCCUCCACCUCCUCCACCACCACCACCGCCUCCCCUGUUGCUGCCACCACUACCACUACCCCCUCCACCACCACUGCCGUCACCACCACUGUCACCACUACUCUGAGUACCUCCGUCACCUCAGUCACUACUGCCACCACCACGCCGAGCACUGCCACCACCACCACCACCACUACCACCACCACCACCCCGGUGAUGCUGCGGGAUGGCGUGCCUAUCCCAGAGUAUGCCAAGGUGCACAAGAGGAAGAACACGCGGCCAAACAUCCUGAGGGAGGCGAUGGACGAGGACGAGGACGGGGACGAGGAAGAGUUGGAAGGGGAGGAUGGUGAAAGGCUGUCCCCUGGGACCUUCCCCUCCACGCACCACGAGUCACCGGCGGGGAAGGCGCCGGUGGUCAAGAAGAUCGAGUCCGCGGGAUACAAGUCUCGAAAGGACAUGGAGGCGACGCUGAAGGUGAACCCCGUGCGGCGCGCCGAGAGCUUCAAGACGGGCGGGCGUGUGGUGCGCCGCAGCAGCCUCUCCUACACGUCCCGCGCCAAGGUCAUGGAGGGAGAGAGCUUCGUCAAGACCCAGGCCACGAAACUCCGCCGGAAGGACUCCAAGAACGGGCGUCUGGACCUGGUGAAAGGGGCGCGGACGGCGGAGUACCGGCUGAGCGUCACCAUCAAGCCGAGCACCGUGGCGGCCCUGACGGACAAGUUCAACACGAUGAUCUCACAGAACCAGGCGGGGCCCCAGGAUCUCCCCCAGGUGACGCUGCACAAGACCCGCAUCCCGCCCCUGGCCCCCCGCGUCGGCACGGUGCACAGGACCAGGCAGAAGUUCGUGAGGCUCGACAGGGAGGGCAACGCGGCAGGGGUGCUGACGGAGAAGAGUCGUAAGGAGGAGAAGAACAGGGAGCAGCGGAGGGGCGUGGCGGCAGGGGUGGCUGGGCUGGCAGGGGUUCUCGGGGGGGAGUCCAUCAUCCUGAGUCGUGUGAGGGUGAAUGGCAAGUACGGAAGGUCACCCAACGCGAGGUCACCCAAUACUAGGUCACCCAACACCAGGUCACCCAAUACCAGGUCACCCAAUACCAGAUCCCCCAACUCCAGGUCACCGAACACGAGGUCACCCAACAGGAGGUCACCAAACACCAGGUCACCAAAUACCAGGUCACCCAACACCAGGUCACCUAAUAGAAGAUCUCCUAACACGAGGUCACCAAACUCGAGGUCACCAGUAACCAUGUCCCCUACUACGAGGUCACCCACUUCGAUGUCGCCUGUUAGAGCAUCCAGUCCGAGGUCACCCACACCUAGAGCCACAACUUCGAGGUCACCGUCCCCAUCGUCCUCAAGGUCAUCCCCGCCACCUCGCCGACUUCCUGCGUCACGGUCAAGGUCGCCCCCAAUGAGGUCAGCGCGGCCCAGGGGGGUGCGGCGACGGGGCGUGGCGCGGCGGCGGAGUUCGACGGGCGUGGGGGACAACAAGACCGACGAGGAGAAGGUCUGCGAGAGGAUCAAGACCGCGCUCUCCUCCAGCAAGUUCAAGGGCGAGAGCGAGGACGAGGACGACGAGGAAUCCGAGGACGAGGACGAGGAGAAAUGUCAGAGAGACGCCGAGAGGGAGCAGUCGCCGUCCUACACCAACGUCGAAGUCAGACCACCGAUGCCGGCCACCCUACUCCUCCGCGCUCCCAAGGCGGUGGCUGAGGGUGUGGGAGGGGGUGUAAGUGGUGUAUCCUCCUCCGUCACCCCUUCAGGAGGACGCUUCCCUGCCACCCUGCCCGAGAGACACGCGAAAUCUGACUCACUCGACUCUGGGAUAUCCACGGAUGGGUACCAGUUGUCGCCUAAACUCCGCGUACCCAGCGUCUCCGGCCACACGUCCCCCUUGCCUGAGGACUGUUCCCUGGACACGGUGGCUUCCUCGGACACCUUCAGGAGUGAGGACAGCGCCGUGGCUCUCCGGGGGGUGGAGGACGCGGAGGAAAAAGAUCUUCAGCAGGAGAAGGAUGUUUCGACCUCUCUCAACGAUGAAGAAGAGCCUGAAGAGGACGAGGACGCCAGGAUCUUAGACUCAGAGGAAAAGGGGAUGAUUGACCUUUUGGAAUCUGAGAGUAAGGAUACCGAGGAGUCCUUAACCUCACCGCGGCCUCCCUCGCCACAGGAACCAACGCCCUCGACCUCCCAGUCACAAGACCCAACGAUGGAGACUUCUAAGAUCGUUCCUGAAGGUGGUGAGGAGGAGGAGCGGCAACUAGAGGCUGAUUCUAGGUCGAUGGAGAGCAGUGGGCAGGACGACUUGACUUCGGAGGUGAGUUCGGUGUGCUCGGAGGCCAAGGCGAAGAGAGGGAAGCCGCCGGAGAGCCGCAUCUACACCGCCGUCAAGUCCGCCGUCAAGAACACGGUAAAAAAGACCAAAGAGAAGGAUGCCGAGAGGAAAGAGGAGCGAGAUCGAAGGAACAGGUCCCCUUCGGCUGACCGGGAGAAGUGGUACCGACGAGGCCGCUCCAGGGAGAGAAAGGACAAGAAGAAAGAGGAGGAGGAGGAUCGGCCUGAAGGAGGGGAUGACAGCGAGAGGGAGAGGGAAGGGAGGACGUACGACAGGUUCACCUUCAAGAAACUGAGAGAAAAGAGCCUAGAACGAAAGAAGAAAGCCAAAGAAGAGAAGAAGAAGGAGGAGGACAAGAGAAGCACCUCGGAGGACCCUAAGAAGGAGGGGAAGAGCAAGAAGAAAGAAGAUAAAGAGGAAGGGACGUAUGGCAAGUGGAACAUCCGGUCAAGGUCACGAAGCAGAGACAGAAAGAAACACAAGGAGAAGAUCAUGGAACAGAUCACCAAAGAGGAGGCAGAGGAGGAGGAACCAGGAGAGGAGAGACUUGACCCCCUCCGUGCCUCCACCUCCCUUCAGACCCUCCCAGGCUCCUCCCUCACGCUCCCUCUCACUCUCAGGAAGCCCCAAGAGACCUCAGUGUUUACCUUUGACACCGAGAGCCUCUACGACAACCCUCAAGUCCUCGCCUCCCAUUCCAUGACGCUUCCACCCCCGCCUAAGACCCCGAUCCCCUCCCCGCCCUCCUCCGCCACGCUGGCCCUCCCGCCCCCACCCAACACGCCCAUACCAGACCCACCCACGGAGGCCUCAGGCUCAGGGCAGGAGCAGAAGGGCGCCCUCCACGCCUCGGAUAAGGACAAGGGCGGCGGGGACAGUGACAGCAGCGCCGAGACGGAGAACAUCUAUGAGAACCUUUACGCGCCGAACCUGGAGAAGCUGUUGAGGAACCGAGAGAAAUUGGAGGGCCGCGGCAUCAGACCCAACUGCUCCUUCCUGUGGAGUGAGGGCGGCAUGACGCUCCCAGGCUCCGGCGACGUGGCGGACCUGCAGGAGGCACUGACGGAGGCGGACGAGGAUGAGGAUGAGGAGCCCGAGCGAUCCCCCUUCACCAGACAGCCCGGCGUGAGGAACUACUGCCGCUACGGGAAGACUGUGUUCGCGGGGAGGGGCAAGGACGGCAUGGGGGCCCCGCACCACAACUACGCCGAGCUGACGCAGCGAGGCGGGGCGGCGGAGGACACGCACACCUUGACCUAUGACGACAUCGGCGCCGCGAGUGCCGUGAGUUACGACGACGUGAGGGCCCCGCCGUCCUCCUGCGGCUAUGACGACGUGCGCGCCCCGUCCAACCUCGGCUACGACACCAUACAUCCGCCGUCCGAGGGCUACGACACCGUGAACCCGCCGCGCUCCGACUCCAGCCAGUAUGACGACUGCGACGGCGGGGUGGUGACGGCGAGGUUCGCAGUGGUGCGUGAAGACCAGCUUGACUCCAUCAGCUACAUGUACGACGAGGUGGCCAUGUACAACGCCUCACUGUCCUCGCACUCCUACGAGCCCGUGUACCCCCCCAGCGGCCCCGUCCCCUGCAUCCAAGAAGUCCCCGAAGAUGCCGGAGGGUCGCCUGAAGGAAGUGAAGAUGGAAGCGAAGGAGGAAUCCACGAGGUUUUCUCCUAUAAGCUGACCCGUAUUGGCACCACCACCACCACCUUCACCACCUCCACCACCAUCACCACCACCAACACCUCCACCUCCACCAGCCACCUGCCUCCACCCUCCCCGCCCACCACCCACGCCCCGCCCACGCCCACCUUCGCCCACUCCUCCUCCUCCACCUUGUCCUGCACUCGCGCCCGAAGAAGACAUGGAGCCGCCGUGCCCCCGCCCCUAUCUCUGGCCGGGGUGGGGGGCGAGGGUGGGGCGCCGUCCCCCUCCCUCUCCCCCACAGAAGGCAAGAGCGAGACCUCGGACGAGUGGGUGGACGUCAGCGAUUCGGAGACAGACGCAAGUGGUCCCAUCAGCAUCACUACUCAGAUACCGCUGCUGAGGGUUCGCCAGCGGUCCAACAGGUGGCGUCCGCGGUACUGGAAGCGGUCGUGGAUCCAGGCUACCCAGCACGCCCACCACGGCCAGGAGGAUGACGAGGACGCCGACGAGGAGGAGGACGAGGAGGAGAGCUGGCGGGAGGGAGGGGAGUCUGAGGAGGAGGACGCCGCCGGUGGGCACUACGAGGCCAUCUACGAAGUCAUCAGUCCAGCACCCGAGGACGACUUCGCGCGCCAGGACGACCAGGAUUUCGAUGACUCCUUCGAUUCCGAUGACUCUGAAAGUGCUUACUGCCGUCUCCGCCCCCAGUUUCCGGACAGUGACUCCCAUCUCUCGAGGGAGCACCACGACUCCCUGAGAUCUGAGGAGGCACUGGCGGGCAAACACCAGGAUGGGAACACAGCACAGCAACUCCAGCAGCAGCACCAGCACCAGCAGCAGCAGCACGGCAUCACCAAGAUCGCCGAGGCCGCCAACUUGGGGAUGCGGAGGCUGCGGCGAAACUGGUCCCUCACGAAGAAUGAAGUGCGGACGGGCCUCAACAGGAUCAAAAAGAAGAGUACGUUCAGCGCCUCGGACAUCAAGAGUACCGAAAACCUGGCCAGUGACAUGAGCCCCAGCAGCGAGGAGAAGAGGAAAUGGUCCUUCAAGAGCCACUUCAAGAGAAAGUCAUCCACGGGGUCCCUGUCCAACGUGGCCAGCAUUGCCCCGCCACUGCCGCCCAAGAAGGAGUCGGCGACCUUCUACCUGACGCUGACCAUCGAGGCGGGGGCCCAGGACGCCGGGGAGCUCUCUGACGCCUCGCAGCCCACCGCGCGCUCCGAUGCCGAGAGCGUCAUCUCCGGGGCGAGCGUGAAGGAUGUGCGCCACUCCAACACCCCCUCCAUCGCCUCAGUCACCACCCUCGCCUCCUCCGACAGCAUGCCAACGCGCCGCCCCACCUCCGUCGUUUACAGUAGAAAGAACUCCACCGGGUCCAGCAGUGGAGGCCCCGUCAGGCCCCGCACCGCCCCUCCUGCCCCGCCCCCCAAAGUUACAGAGAAGAGCAGCGGGGCAGGCGACAGGGAGGGCGAGGAGCUGAGCAAAACAGAGGUGGCCACGCGCCUCAACCAGCUGCUGUCUUGUGGGCCACAGGUGCCACCCGGCCGCGGCCGCCGUGUCCUGCGCACCUCCGGGGAGUCCAGCAGCGACGCCUCCCCCGUGCCCGUGCUGGUGCACCCCGAUGACGCCGGCUACACAGGCCUGCGCCUCAACGCUGUCAAGUACGCCACGAUAGAUGGGGGGGCUUCUGGCAUCCCGGGUGGUGACUCCAGCGGGGACGAGAGAGUGUUUGGGGCGGAGGCAAUGGCCGGCCCUGGACUUUUCACUCCACGGGCGCGCACCUCCGUGGCAAGCUCAAGCUCCCACGGGUCCAGCGAAGGGUACAUUCGCGUGGGGGACAUUGCCUCAGCCCCGCCACCCCUGCCUGCACGGCGAAACCCACCACUUCCUCUCGGACCCAAGCCAUCUCGGCCCCAGUCCACGGCUGGCCUGCUCCACCUGCCCUCUGGCAUGCUGGACGGGGACAACAACAGCUACUUGGACUUCAGCGUCAAUGCCCUCAUCCAGGACGAGCCGCUGUACGUCAGUUCACACUUCGCUGAUGAGCCACUGUACCAGUUCUACACCGCCGGCGUGCUGGAGCGUGCCGCCCACAACCAGGGAGACUGCUCCUCCGAGGACGACUAUGAGGUAAUAAAUGACGGGCAGGGCGGCAGCGGCAAGCUUCAGAGCCGCCCCUCGGCCAUGGAGCUGGUGACCCCCGCGGAUGGGCGCCGGACGCUGUGGUGUGAGCUGCCGGAGGUGAUGGAGAGCGGCCUCCUGAACCAGAUCAGCGGGCAGGAAAGGAAGAUCCAGGAGGCAAUGUUUGAGAUGAUCACCUCCGAGGCCUCCUACCUUAAGUCCCUCAAUGUGCUGGUCACCCAUUUCGUCCAGUGCCGUGAGUUCAUUGACGAGGGGGAGGAUGCCGUGCUCAGCCGCAGGGAACGCCACAUCCUCUUCUCCGAUAUCUUGCCUGUUAAGAGGUGCUCCGAGCUGUUCCUGGCCGACCUUGAGAAGCGUUGGCAGGAGUCGGUGAAGAUCUCCAACAUCGCCGACAUCAUCUGCAAGCACGCCAACAACCACUUCCAGGUGUACGUCAAAUACUGCUCCAACCAAGUGUACCAGGACCGCACCCUCAAGGAACUCAAAGAGAACAACCCUCGCUUCCUGGAGGUACUCAACACGCUGGAAUCCUCGCCGGUGUGCCAGUCCCUCGCCAUGCACUCCUUCCUUAUGCUCCCCAUGCAGAGGAUCACGCGCCUGCCCCUCCUCGUGGAUGCAAUCUUCCACCGCCUGGAGCACAACACGCCCGUCUGGCACGAGUACAAGGUCGCCCUCGCCACGCUGACCAAGAUCGUAGCGGAGUGCAAUGAGGGGGCGCGGCGCAUGGAGAGAAUGGAGGAGAUGUUGAUACUCUCCCGCCAGCUUGACUUCCGGGAGGUGAAGGCCAUCCCUCUCCUCUCGGCCUCGCGGUGGCUCGUCAAGAAGGGUGAGCUGACUCGCCUCACUUGGAGGGAAAACGACGGCAAGCUCACCUUUGGCAAGAGGAUCUCCAAGUGCACCCUCUACUUCUUCCUCUUCACGGACCUCCUCGUGGUGACCAAGAAGAAGAGUGAGGACCAGUACAUGGUGUUGGACUACUGCUCCCGCAACAUGGUACAGGUGCUGGAGUUGGACACGGCUGACAAGUUCCCCGGGCGUAUCCUGGACGGCCACAAGAACCUCCUCAUCAUGACCAUGCUUCAGAACCACGAGAACAAGACCGUGGAAAUGAUUGUGUCAUGCCCGAUGGAGUCAGAUCGGACACGCUGGGUGGAGGCUGUCACGCCCCGCAGCUCUGACAACCCAGACGAGCGGAUCUAUGAGGAAUGGGACUGCCCUCAGGUCCAGGCCAUCCACCCCUACGUAGGGAAGCAAGCCGAUGAGCUCUCCCUCGAAGUUUCGGAUGUCGUGAAUGUCCUGAAGAAGAUGUCCGAUGGCUGGUUCCACGGGGAGCGCAUCAGAGACCAGGAGCGAGGGUGGUUCCCAGGGCGGUUCACAGUGGAGAUAUCAUCCACCCACGUGCGGGCGAGGAACCUCCGCCAGCGCUACCGUCUCCUGGCCAUCUCGGGUUCCCUCCUUGACGAGCUGAAGAAGGAGAAGGAGCGCUUUGAGAAGGAGGAGCGGAAGAAGGACCGUAGACGCACCCUCACCAUUAAGGAAGUGAUCUCCUCCCAGGCGCAGGCGAUAAGCUAGACAGAUGCUUGAAGGAGGAGCAGAAGAAGGACUCCAGACACAUCCUCGCCGGCUAAAUAGUGAUACCCUCUCAGACAUGGACGGCUAGCUGGACAAGUACAAGGCUCUGUGCGUCUCUGUGUGUCCUGUGAAUGUGAAUACUCAGUGGGGUGUUGACUGUGGCCUGACCUUUGCAUACCGUGGUAAUAAUAAGUCCUCUGUGUUGUCGUUUUUCUCUUCAGCGGGAAUUGAAGUGAAGUGGUGAGAUAUUACCAAGUUAGGGGUAUUCUCUUUACAUAUGCCGAUACCCAAGGAGAGUUUGUAUAUAAUGAAUUAAACAUGUUACUCAAGUUUACAGUGAUGGUGCAGUGAAGCUUGUGUGUGUGUGUGUGUGUGUGUGUGUGUGUGUGUGUGUGUGUGUGUGUGUGUGUGUGUGUGCGCUCAGACCCAUAAGCAACUUCCUGGGCAGCAUCAAGGGCCGGGUUAUCAAGAGCAUUGUGUUAGUUUGUGGAGUUUCAACGGAAAUCUUGUGCAAAUCUUUUUUAUACAAGCAAGUGAAGUGUGUGUGUGUGUGUGUGUGUGUGUGUGUGUGUGUGUGUGUGUGUGUGUGUGUGUGUGUAUCUCUUACUGUGCUGUCUGUCUCCUUGUGUCAUGGGCUAUACUGGGAGGUUGUUGUUUCUCCGUUAAUGCAAUAUAUGAGUGUACUACCUUACCGUAAGUCAGCCUAAGCAUGCAUACAUACAUAUCCGUGUUCUAUAUAUUUUUUACUUCAUAUGCAGUGCUGAAAGAAAAAGGUUUAAAUAUAGAAAGUAAUGUGUAUGUGAAAAUAUGCUUCCAUUACCCGCAUAACUUACAAGAGGAGUUUUUUACGUUAAAGCUUGAGAUAUAUAAAGAUGGAAGGAAGGGAGGGAGGGAGGAAGGAAGGGGAGGAAGAAAGGAAGGAAGGGAAGAAGGAAGGAAGGAAGGGAGGGAGGAAGGAAGGAAGGAAGGAAGGAAGGAAGGAAGGAAGGAAGGAAGGAAGGAAGGAAGGAAGGAAGGAAGGAAGGAAGGAAGGAAGGAAGGAAUGAAUGGAGUUAUUACAUUGUUAUUACUUGAGGGAGGUUGGGCUGUGUACAUACCGUCCUGUGCUGCGCAGGUGUAUAUAUAAUUAUCUCGGGGACUCACCUGGGGAACCUGUUUUAGUAGUGUAUAAAGUUUUAUUAUUAUUAUUAUUAUUUCCAGCCAAAAUAAAUAAAUCGGCAAAAGUUUU